UCUUCCGUUAGGUUUCAUUUUUACUCCGCUUAAAGCUGUCGGCCUGCUCGAUGUCAAGCGGGUUUCUAACGUCAGUUAAGCUAACCUCCACCUGCGACAGCUCUGACUUCAGGCAGCAAAACCAUAAAACCGUAAACAAUAACGAUGGCUGCGGCUUAAGGACAAGCAUCCCGCCUGCGUGUUCCAUCCGGACCGAACCGGUUAUGUUGCUUCCUUCAGAGAAACCGCCUGCUUCAGGCUGAGUUGUUGUUGGCAUGACCGGGAUGAAGAAUAUUUUUCUACAAGACUUAAUAUUUAAAGAAAAGGACACCAGCUUAUUACCUCCAUAUCAAGAUUUCCAGGACAGAUUUUCAAAUGAAAAUGGAGGAUAUGCCCCUCUCAGGCCCAGACAACACCAAGCUGGAGGCCUUGGUGAACGACAUCUACUCUGAACUGGUGGAAGAUGCUUGUUUGGGCCUGUGUUUCGAGGUGCACCGCGCAGUGAAGCAGGGCUACUUCUUCCUGGAUGAAACAGACCAAGAAAGCAUGAAAGAAUUUGAAAUUGUGGACCAACCAGGUGUGGACAUCUUUGGACAGGUGUACAAUCAGUGGAAGAACAAAGAGUGCGAAUGUCCCAACUGUAAAAGAUUGAUAGCGGCGUCUCGCUUUGCUCCUCACUUGGAGAAAUGUCUCGGCAUGGGACGCAACAGCAGCCGCAUCGCCAACCGCAGACUGGCUAGCAACAACAACAUGAGCAAAUCAGAGAGCGAUCAGGAAGACAACGACGACCUCAACGACAACGACUGGUCGUACGGAGCCGAAAAAAGAGCAAAGAAAAGAAAAUCCGACAAGAGUCAAACUUCCCCAAGAAGAUCCAAAACUCUGAAACACAAAAAUGGUGAGCUUGGGAGCGGCAUCAGUGCAGAUCCUUACAAGUACAACUACAACGCUGGCAUCAAUUAUGAGAUGUUGGGUCCUGAUGAAGUCCAAUCCUUUCUAACUACACAGUGUGGGGUCAUAUCGGAACACACAAAGAAGAUGUGUACAAGGUCUCAGCGAUGUCCUCAGCACACAGACGAGCAGAGGAUGGCCGUCAGGGUGUUCCUCCUGGGGCCGUCCGCGCCCGUUCUGCCCGAGGCGGACUCUGUGGCGGUCCCCGAAAGCUUCGACAUUCCCGACGGACAGGCCUUGAUGAGCCGGCUGCAGUGGGAGGACUCCCCCGAAAUCUCUCCGUCUGACUCGGCCUCCUCCAAAGCAAGCACCAACCACUCGGACUCCAGGAGGCCCAAGAAGAAGAAGCCGCGGCCAUCUCUGGGACUGAACAGCGGCGGAGGGAUCGGAAGCCUUAGCGGCGGUGGCGGCGGCGGCAGCUCUCAGAGUAAUAUCAGUUUAUCGACCAAAAAAAAGAAGCCCAAACUCACAGCACCUUCCAUUUCAAGUAUCUACGACGACUUAAACUAGCACGACCCGGUCUGUCUGAGGUUCCUUCAGCAGAAUAACCUCAAAUCACCGUAUUCAAACUAAGACAUCCCAGCAGGUUUAAUGUGUCUUCACUUAAUGAAGACUCGACGAAUCAGUUUUAGCCCAUCUGAGAUUUCCCUGAUUGAGUUUUGAUCCAAAGAGUGAAACAGAACUCAGAAAAGAUCUUUCUUUACUUGAUUCUUCAUACCCGAAGGUCGACAGAUUCAGGCACCAAACAGUCGGUUUCACCAAAAGCGCGACUCACAGCGUCCAGACGAACCCGUCAACAUCAGUCAAGUGUUGAAGCUUUUAUUGUGAAGCUUUGAAAGGGAGCUGACGUCUUAUUUUGACGGGUCGACGAGGCGUUCCAUCUUUCCUGUCUUAGUGAGUCGUCACAGAGCGGAGCUGCGGGGAUUUUCACAUUAAGAGUCUAAAGCGGGACACAGGGUCGUCUUCAGGUUUGUCAUAUUUUGCGGUGUAUUUAGAUUUAUCUAUUAUUUGACGGCAUGAAAAGCUUCCAGAAACUCUGGCGUUCACUCCAGCUCUCUCUUCCACGCGCAGUUUUCAGUUUGUGCCUCUUGAUGCUUUAAUUUCCCAGCGUGAAAGUUUUAUUACUUUUUUGCACAUGUGGUUUUUGAGAUUUGUCCUUUAUUUUUACAAAACACAUCAAAGAAUGUGGUCUUUGUAAAAAUGUGCCAUUUUCAAUAUUUUACUUUGUUUACAACAGGAAGUUGUUUUGAUGCUGCUUUUAUAGUGAUGUUUAGUUUUGUUUUUUUAUGAUCCAGCAGUUUUGGGGUGUAAAUUUGAGCACAAACAGAAUCAUGAACCCAUUGUCAUUCCUAUAGAUAUGUAUAUAUAUAUAUUUUUUGCUUUGCUCAUAAAAAUGAUAAUGUUUUUUGGUUCAUGGAUGUUGAGGUUUGAUGUGGUAAAUUAAGUGCAGG